AUAGUUUCCUAGUAAUCUGUGAUGAGAUGUAUUUUGUGCUUAGUAAUUACUGUUAAUUCUUUGAAUACUUUGGAAAAGGGUAAAAUACUUAUCCGAUAUAUUACUCAAUGUUUUUGAAGGUAAUUUAAAUUGGAAAUACGAAUGAUAUUAUUACGAAAGAAUUUUUCUUAUUUUAGAAAGAAACAAUAGGGAAAGAAUAUGAAAUGAGAUCUGUUGAAGAAGAAGCAGUUCCUUCUGGUGGAAAAUGUUAUUUUCCAAAUGUUAAAUUAUGAACGUCUGCUUUAAUACGAAUCAUUCAAAAAUUGCAUUGACGUUCUCAUUUUAGAUCUAGGAACCAGUACGAAUUUUGUAAAUACGAGAAAGUUGAUUUUUUGCCAAAAUGCCGUUAAAUUCUUUCGAUCCGGUCACUCCGAUCCUCCCCGCCGUAAAUUUUAUUUGCGAAGUGAAACGACAGGUUCGUGAUUCGCUUGUAAAGCGAAACCCACCACCGUGGUUCGUUUGCAAAGUGAAACAAUCGUCGACGGUUUUCGUUGACGAAGUGAAAGAGGCUUCGCGAACAACUCGAGGAUCUGGAAAAAAGUGGCCGCGGGUAGGGGAAGGUGCGCCGGACCAAGGAAAGUGACGCUCUUCAACCCUGAUAUUAGAAAUAGACGACAGUCGCGAAGAGACACGUGUUGCAAGCGCGGAGAAAUUAAACGAUCGAUCGAGUAACCGUGUGAACCGCGUGAACCGGAAGUGUCGGCCAUGUUGAAGUCAUUAAAACUGGAGGACGACCAGUUUUUCGCGCUGAAGAAGUUUAGGCGGUCAGUUGAGGACAUUCUGCAGCCGCAUCACGACGAUUACUUUCUACUGCGUUGGCUCCGAGCGAGAAAAUGGGACCCGGCCGCUGCGGAGAAGAUGCUACGGGACUCUUUCGAAUGGCGAAAACAAUGGGAAGUAGAAAAGCUAUCCGACUGGGAGACACCAGAAGUUCUGGAGAAAUAUUUGCCUCAUGGUCUAAGCGGGUUCGACAAAGAUGGCGCGCCAGUGAUCGUGGUGUACUUUGAUGCGCUUGACUUAUACGGCAUAUUACAUGUGGUCUCCCGGAGGGAGAUGAUAAAGGUCACUAUAAAACAUUUAGAGGAGUAUCUAAAGCUGUGUCGGGAGCAAAGGGAGAAGCACGGUCCAGAUGCUGGACAAGUGGUCGUGAUUUUUGAUAUGCAAGGAUUCAAUCUGAGACAGUACCUCUGGCGACCAGCUGGGGAAGUAGUCAUAACGUUACUCCAAAUGUACGAGGCUAAUUAUCCUGAGAUAUUGAAAACUUGUUAUAUCAUUAAUGCCCCAAAAGUAUUUGCAUUCGCGUUUUCGGUUGCGAAGAAGUUUAUGAAUGAGUAUACUCUGUCAAAAAUUCAGAUAUACAAGGCUGAACCUUCAAAAUGGCAAGCUGCAAUAUUUAGCAAUGUAGAAAGGGACCAAGUACCUGCCUUCUUCGGGGGCACCCUUAAAGACCCGGAUGGCAACCCAAAACUUGGCACAAAAAUUCGUUUAGGUGGCAAAAUUCCGAAAGAAAUGUACGUGAAUAAUAUGGAAAAAGAUAAGCAGGUUGAUUUCACUACAACAACGAUACGAAAAGGUGGAAAACUGGAGCUGGACAUGUAUGCAUCAGAAAUGGGAUCUUUGCUAAGUUGGGAAUUCCGAUGUGAUGAUCAUGACAUUAAAUUUGGUAUCUUGAAGAAGGACACCAAUGGGUCAAAGAAGGAAAUUAUACCAGUCCGAAGAGUAGCUGCCCAUCAGUUAGAUGAAAUUGGAAUCCUUACUUGCGAAGUACCUGCUACUUAUACAGUCAUUUUUGAUAACAGUUACAGUUUUCUAAGAAACAAGAGAAUUCAUUUUUCCGUGCGGGUGAUACCACCGGCAGAAUCGCAAGAAAUGACACCAGCUUCAUGAUGAACUGGAAUUAGAAAUGAAUGACUUCAAUGAAAAUAUUCUCUAGUGAAUCGUUAGUACAUCAUAGAGAUCAAUGAUCCAGUUGUCUUACUCUUUUUUAAAUAAUACUGUUAUCUAAGUAGAAAAAAUUAUAUUUUUGUUAUACAAGAGAAUCUUACAAAUUUGAUGUAAAUAAUUUAUUUGCUCAUUCCUUAAGACUACCUUUUAUAUGUAAUAUUUCAUUCCACUUCUCAAUUGUAUUAAGAGUUUAAGUUUUUUUAAUUUUAGUGUUAUAAUUGUUACCAUAUUAUAAAUUUAUGGUGCUUAUACAUGCAUUAUUAUUUAAGUAUAGACUAUUUGUAUAAAAAAUGGAUAGGAAAUUUUACUGUGGUU